CCUCUCUUAUGUACUUCUCCCCAACGAAUCUACUUCUUCUUCUUCUUCCUCCUCUAUCAUCUUUCUUCCUUUAUUAAACAACCAUAUACCCCAAAACUUCUUUCCCAUUUCAUAUCAAGCUAUCCUACGAAUUUCACGAUAUCGACGACGUAAUGGCUACUACCAUCGAGCUUGAGACCCCGUCCAACGGCAAGUACCAGCAGCCAACUGGACUCUUCAUCAACAAUGAGUUCAUCGAGGGCGUAGACAAGAAGUCCUUCGAGGUCAUCAACCCCGCCACCGAGAAGGUCAUCUGCUCCGUCGCCGAGGCCACCGAGAAGGAUGUCGACGCCGCCGUUGCCGCUGCCAGGAAGGCCUUCGAGGGCGAGUGGAGACAGGUCACACCCGAGGCCCGUGGCAAGCUGCUCGUCAAGCUGUCCGAGCUGAUGGAGGCGAACCUCGACCAGCUGGCUGCCAUCGAGUCGCUCGACAACGGAAAGGCCAUCUCCAUGGCCAAGGGUGAUGUGGCCGCUGCGGCCGGCUGCUUGAGGUACUACGGCGGCUGGUCCGACAAGAUCGAGGGCAAGACCAUCGACACCAACACAGAGACCUUCACAUACACAAGACAGGAGCCAAUCGGUGUCUGUGGACAAAUCAUCCCAUGGAACUUCCCACUUCUCAUGUGGUCGUGGAAGAUCGGCCCAGCCAUUGCCACCGGUAACACCGUCGUCCUCAAGACCGCCGAGCAGACCCCUCUCUCUGCCCUGUUCGCCGCCAAGCUGAUCAAGGAGGCUGGUUUCCCUCCCGGAGUCAUCAACAUCAUCUCCGGUUUCGGCAAGACCGCCGGUGCCGCCCUCUCCUCGCACAUGGAUGUCGACAAGGUCGCCUUCACCGGCUCCACCCUCGUCGGUCGCCAGAUCCUCAAGGCCGCAGCCGACUCCAACCUCAAGAAGGUGACCCUCGAGCUGGGCGGCAAGUCGCCCAACAUCGUCUUCGACGACGCCGACAUCGACAACGCCAUCUCUUGGGUCAACUUCGGUAUCUUCUUCAACCACGGCCAGUGCUGCUGCGCCGGCUCCCGCAUCUACGUCCAGGAGGGCAUCUACGACAAGUUCAUCGCCCGCUUCAAGGCGCGCGCCGAGGCUAACAAGGUCGGUGACCCAUUCAACCCCGAGACCUUCCAGGGACCCCAGGUCUCGCAGCUGCAAUUCGACCGCAUCAUGGGAUACAUCGAUGAGGGCAAGAAGGCCGGCGCGACCGUCACCACCGGUGGUGGCCGCCACGGCGAUGUCGGAUACUUCAUCCAGCCGACCAUCUUCUCGGACGUCACUGAGGACAUGAAGAUCGUCCAGGAGGAGAUCUUCGGCCCCGUGUGCACCAUCUCCAAGUUCAAGACCGAGGAGGAGGCCAUCGCUAAUAGCAACGGCUCGAACUACGGCCUCGCGUCCGCCGUGCACACCACCAACCUCAACACGGCGCUGCGAGUCGCGAACUCCAUCCGCGCCGGAACCGUGUGGGUGAACUCGUACAACAUGAUUCACCACCAGGCGCCGUUUGGAGGGUACAAGGAGUCGGGGAUGGGACGCGAGCUGGGCGAGGCGGCGCUGGCGAACUAUACGCAGACGAAGACGGUGUCGAUUCGUCUUGGGGAUGCCCUGUUCGGUUAAGUGUGUUUGGGAUGGGAUGGGACAGUAUGGGAUGGGACAGUAUGAGAUGGGGGAUUAAAUGAGUACGAUAGCUUACGGAUUGUAGUAGCCGGGCAAAUUGAAUCGAUGACUUUUUAUGAGACUACGAGUUUUUGUGGGUGACUGAGUGUUGUUGUGAUAAGUGUAAGGUUCUCACAAGUGCCGCCGAUCCUUUGGGAUUCCUUUGGGAUUCAGGGGUUGUUAAUACUACAUAAAAAUACUAGCGAAGUAUGGGCGAG